CUGCCGCCUCGGGUGGGCGGGAGCGCCGGGCAGGGCCGCGCCGGGCCGGGCGGGCCCGGGGCCGCGGCCAUGGCGCUGCCCGUGCUGUCGAGCUCGGCCGUGAAGUUCCGCCGGGUCCUGGCUCACUUCCCGCAGGAACUCAGCCUGGCCUUCGCCUACGGCUCCGGGGUGUUCCGGCAGGCGGGGGCCUCGGCCGAGUACGGCGAGAUAAAUAUGCUGGACUUCGUGUUUGCUGUUGAUGACGUUGUGACCUGGCAUAUGAUGAACUUGCUAAAGAACAGGAGUCAUUAUUCCUUCCUUAAAUUUUUUGGGCCCAAAAAGAUAAGUACCAUACAGAGAUAUGGAGCAGGAAUUUACUACAACACCUUAGUGCCAUGCAAUGGCAGGAUGAUAAAAUAUGGAGUAAUUAGCACUGAUGCCCUGAUUGAGGAUUUGUUGCACUGGAAAACUCUCUAUGUGGCUGGGCGCCUCCAAAAGCCGGUGAAAAUCCUGGCCCAGAAUGAGAACAGCAGGCUGCAAGCUGCUCUUGUCAGCAACCUGAAGAGUGCGGUGACAGCAGCCUUCCUCAUGCUGCCGGAGAGCUUCUCUGAAGAGGACCUUUACCUGCAGAUUGCUGGACUCUCCUACUCUGGUGAUUUCAGAAUGAUAAUAGGAGAAGACAAAUUCAAAGUGCAGAACAUAGUGAAACCCAACAUUGCCCAUUUCCAGAAGCUGUACAGUACCAUACUCCAGGACUGCCCUCAAGUGGUGUACAAGCACCAUCUGGGAAGGCUCGAGAUUGAUAAAAGUCCAGAAGGUCAAUUUACACAACUUAUGGCUUUGCCAAAGACUCUGCAACAAAAGAUAACUGCUAUAGUAAACCCUCCUGGAAAGAACAGAGACGUGGAAGAAAUUUUACUGCAAGUUGCCCAUGACCCUGACUGUGGAUUUCUGGUGCAUCAAGGCAUUUCAGGAAUUGUGAGAUCCUCCAGUAUAGUGCAGAGUGCUAAAACCAUCCUGACAGCUGGGGCAAAGAAAUCUGUGAUUUACAGUUUGAAGAAAUUAUUUAAGAUGACAAAGGGAGGGUUAAAGAAGACAUCUUGAGUCUCCACAUACUGUGGAUGGCAGCUGCCUGUGUGUCAGGCCCUGCCCAGCUCGGAGCUGUUUGUCACUGUCACUCUGCCAGAGGAUCCCUCUGUCCCUGCACAGGUGGGACUUUACUGCACUUCCUGGAACCUGAGCUGCCUGUGUUUGGCUUGUGUUGCUGGAUACCCACUGCAAGGCUUGGUUUGGCUUUAUGAACUCUGUGUACAGCAAUAUAAGAAGUCAUUUCUUGCUCUUUGGAGUGAGUUUUGCAAAUCCCAGCUCGAUAGUUCCCGGUUCCCUCCAUCUGUUGAUGCACUGCCAAUGUCCAAGUCUGUGCACUAAAUCUUUGGGAGAUGUAAAAAAGUCCUUCCUCCUCAUCCAUAUGGGCUGCAAACUCGAUUCUGCUCUGUAAAUCAUUCAUCUUGUGCUUUUUAAGAGUGGCCUACCUCUCCCCUUGGGGCCACUGGUCUUGAAUGUAUUUAUUUUUCUGGCAGAGAGCCACGAAUGAAUCAUAGCCCUGAGCAGCUCGUUGUGAACUCCUCACCAUUGUUAAGAGAGUACUUGGGGCAGUUGUUACAGAGCUUUGCUAUGUAAAACUUUUAAGAGAAGAGAGAUUGAUUUCAGCCUUGUUAGCUGCUUUUGAAGUCCCCACCAGUUUUGUGGAAAUGAUUUCUUCUGCUCUUACAGCUGUAAUCCACUAAAAUAACCGGGGAUUGUUGCACGGGAAGUGGGACAUGGGAAUAUGUUACUGCCUCUUUGUCCUAAUGAGGUGUGGUUGUUCUUUCACCAAAAAAAGUCACUUCAGCCUUUCAUUCCGUUUGUAACUUUCCUGUUUGUACCUUCCUGCUCCAUUUCCAUACUUUAUUGUUUCUCUUCUUGACUUAAUUCUCAAGUCUUUCAUUCUGUUCUUCAGACAUCCCUCUUUUCUGGCUUGGCUGUUCCACCAUGGAUAUUGUUUCAUGUUCCCUCCUCCUUUUUCCUGUGUAGCAGAGCUUUCAUUAAAGGCAACCAGGCAGAUGAUUUAUUUCUGAUGUCUGAAAAGGCUUCUUUGUAAUGAAGAGCCUGGACCCAAUCAAACUGCUGAGGGUUUGUGUAGGUGAGUCAGCAGCAUGGGCCUCACUGCCUCUGAGAUCCACAGGGGAGCGUGGAACAGCCUCCUGCUCCAGAGGGAAUGAACUGGAUGACACAGGAAGAAGGGGAAAUCAAAAAAUCAAAAAUGUGACUGCAUACAUAAUCAUCUGGCUGCUCCUGAACCCGGUUUGGGGAGGGCACAAAGCUGAACCACACAGGCUGCUGACCUCCAUCAGCACAUGUAUGACGUGUUCCUCCUUGCUUGCACGUUUCCCCUUUUCCAAGUGCUGGAACAGGGAGUUUCUCCAGGUGCCUGACUGUGGGACCCUCCAAAUUCCAGCUGUAUCUGUAGGUGCAGAGCCUGUAUUUCUCACCUGUGCUUCCCUGAGGCUUCCCUUUAGGUUUUGUUGACCUUCACUGUCAGCAAAUGGGAGUCACUGCUGCAGCCUGAGCACAAGGAAGGUGCCCAUGGGCAGCUGGGCUGGGAUCCCUUCCUGGCAGAAGCACUGUGCAGCAUCCCUGAGCUUCCUGGUGUUUGCAACAAGCAGCUGUGCCAAAAUUGGAAAGAUCAAGAUGGACACAGAGGCCAGGAUUGCUGGGUGGCUGAGGGAGCUGAACCUUGUUCUUCGCUCCGAGGUGCUAAAGCAGGAGCCUGCUCUGGCCUGGGAAAGCUCAGAAUGAACACAGCCCUUGGUGAGUGUCCAGUGCAGGGGGAUCCAAGCAGGGCUGUGACUCAUGCCUUUUCCCAGCAAUUAAUUCAAAAAUAGAAUUGGAGUUGAAAUAUGCUCUGAAGGUCAGAAUAUCAGGGCAGUGUGUGCCUGAUGGUUUUUCCUGGGGAAGGUGUUGAGAGAGGACAAAGUAUUCUUCAUUUUCAAAGUCACUCUGCUGGCUGUAUAGUCUGUGUAGAAAAUGAAUUUUCUUUGUAUUCCCUACUGCAGUAAAAAGAGACAUUACCUCCAUAUAGCUAUUUUCUGCUCUGCUUUUUGUUUGACUCAAAAGUUGCUCUGUCACGUUUGGUACUGUGGUUUCACAAAGUUUUGCAGUGACCUUAUUUACCUGUUUUUUUAGAUAAAAAUCUCCACCGCAGUUGCUAACUGAUCCUGAACUUAACGAGUGCCUUAGGGAGAGGCAGUAAUCACUUUACUCCUGCAUGUUUUAACCUCUUACUCAGCCUGCUUCAAUCAGAAAUGUUUAGAAAUGGAUUAAGUUUUACUGCAUGAAUAGGAAGCUUCACACUAUACAUUCUGAAAUAAUUCAUGCAAAUUCCAAAUAUUUUAUUCACAUCUUUAGUCUAAGAACUUCCAUGCAAUUUUUGCCUUCAUAAUCUGGCAUUCUGCCAAGCCCUUUCCAGUAGUGGUGGGGACUGUUUGGAUGGUUAUACACAUUUUUUUCUGAGAAAUGAAAGGUCUUGCAGCUGCAAGCACAGACUGAAAAUCUCUGCAAGUGUAGUGGGUAUAGAGGGUUCUUCCCCAUUUUAAAUUUGACUAAAUUUGGUAUUGAGGAGUUUGCAGCCACAAGGAGCUAUCUUUUAAAGCAAAACGAAGCAAAAACUGACCAAGAACAAACAUUCUAUGUUUUGGUUCCUUCUCUUCCCUUUGUUGUACUGAUACCUUCUUUAAAAGCCCUGAACCUAAUAGUUAAGAUACCUCCCCUAGUGAAUUAAAUAAGCCAAGUAAAUAGUAAAACAUCACAUUAUUGAAUUAAUUUGUAUUACUUCUCUACAUGGGAUCUCUUUAGCUCCACAGUGCACUUGGUAAAUUUGAAAGCUUGUGUUCCCACACAGUGAUUAUUUGCUUAAUCUCUGCCUCCUGCCAAAGCUUCUCCAAACCUCCCAUUUUAAAAUUCAUAGUGAAGCAUGGGAGGGGAGCAUUCAGUGGGUUUUUUUGGUUUCAUUUGUGGUUUUGGUUUUUGCUUUUAAUAUUGCCAUCCUGAAGUUGUCUUGCUCUCAGCAGAGGUGAAGGGUCUGGCUCGCUCUCUGUACAGCAAUGAGAGCCAAGAAGUUUUUUCCCUUCCUAGGAUGCUUCAAGAAGGGCUGCCACAGAGCAGCUCCCAAUGUCUACCUCAUGAUGCUGUCACUGUGCUUUGGCUUUACAGCCCGGAGCAAAGCUUUUUAAAACCAAAUUAUUUGCACAAGAAAUUCUAGGCAUUUUAUUUUCUCUGUUUCUUUCCCCUCGUUGCCUCCCAAGUCUGGGGUUGGGUGAGCUUGUGCUCUUCCUGCACACCCCUGUUUUAACUCUGUCCCUGCAGCCCUGCCUGAGAUUCCUGCCAAGGAGGAGACUGAGUCAGCAGCACUUUGGCAGUUUGAAGGUGAGUUCCCUGCAGAUAACAGUAGAUGAUGAAAUCCAUCACUGCACUUUUAGUUCUUACAGCAUUUUAAAGUGGAUUAUAUUUAAGGGUUGUAUUCACACAGCAGCUUUUAAAGCAAGGUUUGGUUUAUUUUGCUUUAUGGUUUUGUUGUUUAUCUGUGACUAAUUUAGCAGGAUUCCCUUUCCAGUAUAGAACUGAAAACUGGUGUGUUAUUUUUAUUAGAGAAUCAGAGGAUAAUUCUGGUUGGAAAAGCUCUCCCAGACCACUGAGUCCAGGCUGUGCCCAAUCCCCACCUUGUCCCCAGCCCAGGAGUGCCACAUUCAGGAAUUCCUUGGACAUCUCCAGGGAUGGGCACUCCAAACUCCCCUGGGCAGUUCCAGUUCCUGAGCACCCUUUCCAUGGGGAAAUUCCUGCUGGUGCCCACCCUGAGCCUGCCUUGGCACAGCCUGAAGCCUUUUCCUCUUGUCCUGUCCCUGUUCCCUGGGAGCAGAGCCUGACCCCCCCUCCAUGAGCCAUUUGGGGAAAAAACCCUGGAAAGGGCACACCUGGAAAGCUGAGGGGAGAGUCCCCUUGUCCUGAGGAGGUGGCUGACCUUAGUCCAGAAAGCUCAGUCAGGAAGAGUCCCAAGUCCUCAGGAAUUAGCCAGAUCAGGCUGUCAGAGCUGCAGAGCUGGCCCCAGGAACAGGGGGGGUGUUUGCAUCCAGCAGAUGUGACUGAGUUUGGUUCUUCCAGAGUGAUUCCAUGUGCAUCCUUAGCUGAUGGAUGGAUAUUCCAAAGGGCUUUGGACACCAUUUGGUGCCCAGUUCCUUCUGUCCAGUGAUCUGCUGCUGGUGGCUUUGGUUUAGAAGAAAUCCUGGUAACUGAGGAGCCUUUUCUUACAGCCUGCAAAUGUAUGGAAAUUGUGUAGCUUACUAUGAACUGAUGUGGAAACUCUGAAAAUAAUUUUGCAUCUCGUCCUUAGCUGCAACCUGGUUGUGAUUUUAAUGAUCCCACUUGGACUGAAGUUCAUCUGGUCCUGUGUGAGACAGGAUGCAAAUCAAAUAGGGAGUGAAGUCUGUUAUGUGGAUGUUUACUGCAUAAGGAAAAAGUGCAUAAUGAAGAGGUUACUCUGCAUAUUUACCUUCAGCUGUAGAUCACUGACUGUACUGACCUUUCCCUUACACUAAAUUUGCCAUUUGGAUUUCUGCUGUGAACCAUCUGUGGUCUUUUUACCAGUGUUUAACAAAACUUUAACAAAUUAAAGCCCGUGGGUUGUGGCCAGGGGUUGCUUUUAAUUUGUUAAUCUGACACUCCUUAUGUAUUUAAUUUUUUUCAGCUAUCUUGUCUGUCUUCAUCUUAUGGGAACAUCCAUGGGGUGAAAUCUUUUCUAGAACAAAGCAAGCAAAAAGUACCUGUGGUUAAAUGUUCUGAAAGAGCAGAGUUAGUUGUGUUCAUGUUCUGUGUGAGUCUGAAAGUAUCUCAUUGUUUGCUUGAAGAUGAUGCUGCUGUUCUGACCCUGCUCCAACUGAAAUUAUUCUGUCUCUUUUCAUCUUCCCUUGGAUGAUGGGGCAGACAAUUAUGAAGAGGGCAAGCUUUGUCUUGAAGCAGGUAAUAAAUAACCAUCUCCAUCAACUCACAGUUUGGAUCAACUUGUCUGGCUGGAAUUACUGCAAUUUAACACAUUGUGGUGUAAUGAAUAAUAAACUAUCUUCAAAAAAAUUAAAUCAAAUUUUUAGCAGUGUUUUUAGGUGUGUUUUUAGGAGCUUUGAGCUGCAGUGCAGCUGAAUGUGGAUUUUAGCAAGGAAGAGUUUCAGAUUCAGAGUUUAGGAGUUUUUCAUUGCUGAAAAGAUGUUUGCUUCUGAGGCCACGUAAUUUGUGUGUACUAAAACAUGCUUUGAGAUUGAUUUUAAAAGCUGCUGUCACUUGGUUUAAAAUUAACCUGUUUUAUGAAAGAAGGUGUGGAUAGAUGGAAGCAUGCACUGUAAUUGCACUGACAGAGAUGGCAAAGCACUGCCAUGCCUCAUUAAACCUGUGACAAAUAAUGGAGAAUAUGUUUGCUUUUGGCACCAACUGCAUCAUCUUUGUGCAGAGUUUGGUCCUCACUGAGCUUCCCUGCAGACUCCAGGGAAUUUCAGGCAUUCCUGGCUGAUGGAAAAGAAGUAUCUGUAUUGUUGCUGUUUGAAAACCAAAAUGGGAUGGCAGUAAGAAGCUGGAAAAACUUCAGUAAAUUCAUUUUUUUUUGCAUGUGCUGAUUCCAGCUGGCAAAUUCCUUCCUUAGAUGAGCACCUAAGGAAAACAGAGCUUUUUGCAGCUCUCCACUUGCACUGUUGAUUGAAGCACACAACCCUUGCCCCCUGCUGCUGCUCUUAGAAAUCAUUGAAAUCACUCAGAAAUAGUUCAGCAGGGCAGGUUGGGUCCCUUUGGGUCCUGUGGUGGGGAACGCUGCAGCCUGUCCCAAAAGUGAGGGAUGCCACUGCUGGGGCCAUGUGGAGGGAGAAACUCGCCCGGGGCAUUUUUAACCAACUCUUAUUGUAGUGGCAAUGCUUGCUUUAAUUGUUUGGUCAUGAAACAGAUGUCAGGCAAUUCCAAUAAGAAUUACAGAUUCAUGCUUGAGAUGGGGCUGUAGGAUUACAGAAUUCACAGAAUUCCCAGGAUGACCAGGUUGGAAGAGACCUCCCAAGGUUAUCGAGCCCAACCCAGCCCCAACACCUCAGCUAAACCCUGGCACCCAGUGCCACAUCCAGGCUUUGUUAAACACCCCAGGGAUGGGCACUCCACCACCUCCCUGGGCAGCCAUUCCAGAACUUUAUCAUUUUUCCUAACAUUCAGCUUAAAUUUCCCUUGGCACAGCUUAAGAUUGUGUGCUCUGGUUCUGUCAGUGCUGCCUGGAGAAAGAGCCCAACCCCUCCUGAGCACAGCCACCUUUCAGGAGCUGUAGAGUGAUAAGGUCACCCCUGAAUAUCUUUUUAGAGAGAUUUCGCCAUGGGAGCUCCCUGCAGACUGCAAUUUGCUAGAAUAUGGGGUUUGCCCUCUGGUUUCAGGACUUUUCCUGCCUCUAUACUGAAAAAAACCCAAAAAAAUAGUCUUAAAAUGUGGUCCUGAGGCAGCUGAGAUCCACGGUCAGCCACCAUAUCCCAGCGCCCUCAUACAGGGGUUAAACCUUCUGUUGCAUUGGGCAUGUUUUGUGAAGAAUGUGAUUAAGUUUUGGUGAUUAAUGUACAUUUGGAACAGGAGUGGCAUCCCAGAAUUUGCAUCCUACCUUGGGAUGGGUGCUGAAGCAUGACUUUUUUACUUCAGCUAUCUCAGCUAUCUUGGUGAGUUUUUGGGUUUCAGCAAAGUAAAUUUUUGCUGGUAUCUGAGUCAGCAAAGAGCCUUUGAUACCAUUGGGUUAGAAAGUUCCUGCUAAAUCAAAACCAAAUUUUAACACC